GGGCUUGAGCCCCCUCUUGCCUCCUGAAUAGCAGCCAUGGCCACCUACAAAGUUAAGGUGGCCACAGGCACCGACCUCUUGUCUGGAACGCUGGACUGCAUCUCACUGACCAUCGUGGGAACGCAAGGAGAAAGCCAUAAGCAACGGCUGGACCACUUUGGGAGAGACUUUGCCACUGGGGCGGUGGACGAGUACACUGUGCGGUGCCAGCAGGACCUGGGGGAGCUCAUCAUCAUCCGCCUGCACAAGGGGCGCUACUCUUUCUUCCCCAAGAACCCCUGGUAUUGCAACUACGUGCAGAUUUGUGCCCCCAAUGGCCGUGUGUACCACUUUCCUGCCUACCAGUGGAUGGAUGGCUAUGAAACCCUGGCACUCCGGGAGGCCACAGGAAAGACAGCAGCAGAUGAUACGCUCCCCAUCCUUCUGCAGCACAGACAAGAGGAGAUCAGAGCUAAGCAGGACUUCUACCACUGGAGAGUCUUCGUUCCUGGCCUGCCCAACUACGUGCACAUUCCCAGUUAUCACCCUCCUGUCCGGAGGUGCCGCAACCCCAACCGGCCAGAGUGGAAUGGCUACAUCCCCGGAUUCCCCAUUCUUAUCAACAUUAAGGCCACCAAGUUCCUAAACUCGAAUCUCCGCUUCUCCUUCAUCAAGACAGCCUCCUUUUUCUCCCGCCUGGGGCCCAUGGCACUGGCACUCAAACUCCGUGGCCUAUUGGACUGCAAACGUUCAUGGAAGAGACUAAAGGACAUUAGGAAUAUUUUUCCUGCCAACAAGACUGUCAUCUCUGAGUAUGUGGCUGAGCACUGGAUGGAGGACACUUUCUUUGGGUACCAGUACCUCAAUGGCAUUAACCCAAGUGUAAUCAGGCGCUGCACAAGGAUCCCAGACAAAUUUCCUGUCACAGAUGACAUGGUGGCCCCAUUCCUGGGUGAGGGAACGUGCCUGCAAGCAGAGUUGGAGAAGGGGAACAUUUACUUGGCAGACUACCACAUCCUGGAGGGCAUCCCCACUGUGGAGCUCAACGGUCACAAGCAGCACCACUGUGCCCCCAUCUGCCUGCUGCACUUUGGCCCUGAGGGUAACAUGAUGCCCAUCGCUAUCCAGCUCAGUCAGACCCCAGGGCCUGACUGCCCCAUCUUCCUGCCUAGCGAUUCUGAGUGGGACUGGCUGCUUGCCAAGACGUGGGUGCGCUACGCAGAGUUCUACUGCCAUGAGGGCAUCGCGCACCUGCUGGAAAGCCACCUCAUCGGGGAGGCCUUCUGCCUGUCCCUGCUAAGGCAACUACCCAUGUGCCACCCCCUGUACAAGCUCCUCGUCCCCCACACCCGAUAUACUGUCCAGAUCAACAGCAUCGGGCGGGCCCUUCUCCUCAAUGAAGGGGGUCUUUCUGCCAGGGGCAUGUCCCUGGGCCUGGAGGGCUUUGCAGAGGUGAUGGUACGUGCGCUGUCAGAGCUCACCUAUGACAGCCUCUGCAUCCCCAACGACUUUGUGGAGCGUGGGGUCCAGGACUUGCCUGGGUAUUAUUACCGUGAUGACAGCUUGGCAGUGUGGUAUGCCAUGGAGAGGUAUGUGACAGAGGUCAUCACAUAUUAUUACCCGAAUGACGCAGCUGUGGAGGGUGACUCAGAAUUGCAGUGCUGGGUGCAGGAGAUAUUCAAGGAGUGCCUCCUAGGGCGUGAGAGCUCAGGAUUUCCCACAUGCCUUCGAACAGUACCUGAGCUGAUACGAUAUGUCACCGUCAUCAUGUACACUUGCUCUGCCCGGCACGCAGCUGUCAACACAGGCCAGCUGGAGUUCACCUGCUGGAUGCCUAAUUUCCCAUCAUCCAUGAGGAACCCGCCCAUGCAGGCCAAGGGGCUGACCACUUUGGAGACCUUCAUGGAUACGUUGCCCGAUGUGAAGACGACGUGUAUUGUGCUCUUGGUGCUCUGGACUCUCUGUCGCGAACCUGAUGACAGGCGGCCCCUCGGCCACUUCCCGGACAUCCACUUCGUGGAGGAGGUCCCGCGGAGAAGCAUGGAGGCCUUCCGCCAGCACCUGGCUCAGAUCUCACACAGCAUCCGCCAGCGCAACAAGUGCCUCCCCAUCCCCUACUACUACCUGGACCCGGUGCUGAUUGAGAACAGCAUUUCGAUCUAGGACUGCCCCUCCUCUCCCCGCCCUGCUAUUUUCCA